CCCCCCUUCUCCUCUUCUGGUUGUUUCUUGGGAAGCCCGCAAACCAUGAGUUGGGCCUGCGUGGCUUGCCUCGGCCUGCUGGCGGCGGCGGUCAGCGGCGACCCCUGCCUCAUCAUCAGCGAGAUCAACGCCGACAACCCGCGGCUGGACACCACGGAGUUCGUGGAGCUGUACCACACCGGCGGGCAGCGGGCGUCCCUGGACGGCUACACCCUGGUCUUCUACAACGGCAACGGCAACGUGGCCUACAAGGCGCUGGACCUCAAGGGCCACAGCACGGACGACCGGGGCUUCUUCCUGGUGGGCUCCGUGGACAUGCUGCCCAAACCGGCCAUCCUGCUGCCCCCCAACACGGUCCAGAACGGCCCGGACGCCGUCGUCCUCUACCACACGUCGGCCGCCCGCUACGGCGAGCGGAUGAACGUCACGUCGCUGGGGAUGGUGGACGCCGUGGUGUACAUGACCCGCCGCACCGGCGGCGCCGAGUUCCUCGCCGAGACGCUGACGCCGGGGGAGCCGGCCUUCGUCGAGGACGAGGCGGCCCUGGAGGGGGACGAGUCGAUCGAGCGGUGCCUGCUGUCCGAGGACCGCUGGGGCUUCCAGGUGUCCUCGCCCUCGCCGGGUCAGAGGAACAACUGCACGCCGCCCGCCGCCCCGGCGACCAUUCCCGUCAUCACCGAGCUGAAGCUGGGGGCCGGGCUGGUGGACGGGUUCGUGGAGCUGACGGAGGCCCCGGGCGCCGGCCCCCUGGCGCUGGUGGUGUUGGACGGAAGGACGGACCGGGUCAGCGUGAGCGUGGACGUGGACGCCGGCGCCUCCCGCCACGGGUUGAUCUCCGUGAGCGUCGCGAAGGACUACAUGAAAGGAGACGAGUCGGGGGCGGUGGCCGUGUACGGUGGCAGAGCCUCAGAUUUCCCCGCGGGCAGCCAACUGAGCCACAUACAGCCUCUCGAUGCCUUCGUGUUCGCUGGACCCGGAAACAAGCCCAGCGCCAACCUCACUGAGACCCUCAUCCCGGGCAGAGAGCCCUACCAGCUCAGCAACAGCUUGAGAGAGGGAGGCUUCUACCUGAGUCGCUGCGGCGUGGCCACCUGGGCCAGAGAUCCUGGUGUGUUCUGGGAGGCCCCUCAAACCCCUGCACAGCCCAACCAGUGCCCCUGGCCUAAGAUCUGCCCGCACAGUAAUGUGACUCCGGGAGGAACCGAUUCACCCUCUCACCUCCCGCCCUGGGGCAACAGCGACUUCCUGAUCAAUGAGCUCAACACCGACACGCCCGGCGCAGCCGAGGACGGCGAGUACAUCGAGCUCUGGCACCCGUCGGGGCGCCGCGUCUCCCUGCAGGGCGUCUGGAUACUGCUGUUCAGUGCGCACAACAACAGGCCCUACAGGGAGAUCAGCCUGAGCGGCCACUUCACCACGUCCAAGGGCUACUUCCUGCUGGGCAGCGACAGGUUGGUGCCCGCCCCGUCCCUCCGCCUGCCCCCCAACACCAUCCAGAACGGACCGGACGCCGUGGCGCUCUAUCGCAGCCCGUACGGGCCGCCGUCAGCCGCGCACAGGGGGAUCCCGACCCUCGGCCUGCUGGAUGCAGUGGUGUACCGCCAGAGGGGGUCGGACAGGGAGGCGCAGGAGCUGAGCAAAGCGCUGACCCCGGGUCAGCUGCCUCUGCUGGAGGAUCCAGAGGUUCUGGCCGGUGACGAGGCCCUGAGCCGCUGCAGGGGCCUUUACCCCUACGACCUGUCUGCCUUUUCAGUGGCUCCGACCACACCUCUGAGGGAGAACAGCUGCCCUCGCCCCCCUCCAGCCCCCGAGGGCGUGGUCAUCGGCGAGGUGGCGAGCGGCCACUGGACCAAUGACAGCCAGCAGAGGUCCUUCGUGGAGCUGCACGGGCCCCCGGCGGCGGACCUGCGCGGCCUGGUGCUCUCCGUGUUCGACCAGGAGCACAGCGGCACCGCCAUCGCUCUUCCUCUGACCGGAUCCGUGGACCAGGACGGGUUCUACGUCGUUGGAAACGUCACCGGAGCAGAUCAGACUCUCCCGGAGGGCGUCGUGUUCCCGGCACGAGGAGCCGUGGUCCUCUGCUACGACCUGUUCAGCGUCUGUAGGGCCGGCACCGCCCUGACCAACUCCAGUCUCAGGGACGUGCUGGUGUUCAGCGAAAACCAGCAGCUGCUCUCCUCUCUGUCCGCCGCCAGGGGGAGACAAGUCCUUCCGGCUGCCAGGUCGGUGAAAGAUGGUCCCGUUUCACUGAGCCGGUGUUCCUGCUGCGAGGUGAGGAGCCCCUCCUCCUGGACAAGCUCUUCGCCCACACCGCGGGGCACCAACCUCUGUCCGAGCGCCGCCUUCUCAAGUCACAUCGACCUAUGCCUGGGACCCCUGUCCAGUGACUGGCAGGAGCCGUUGGCAGACUGCAGUGGUCUGAUCCAGGGACGGAAGGUUGUGGAGGUGGCUGAUUACCUGGAGCGGCGGUGUCACUGUGGUAUUUCUGCUUUGUAUCUCCAAGGGGCCAACUUUUCCUGUGUGUCCGGGUGGCUCCGAGUGCGGGGCGACAUCCAGGCGCUGUCGGACCAUCAGAAGGCCCUCAUCGUCCAGACCUCGAGCGCGAAGCCCUCGCCUGCGCAGGGGGACGCCUGCUCCGCUCCGACCACGGACCGCUACACCAGCACAGCGUCUGCCCUGGGCUUACAGAUAGGCCUCAUCGUAGCGGUGCUCCUGCUGCUAGCACUGGGAGCUGCUCUCUUCACAUACUUCUACAGGAGGAGGCGCCCUCAGGACUACUGCACCAUGGAGCUGAGCGAACAUGCGGAGGGGCUGAGCGAUCUAUAAUCCAGGCACCUGGAAGCGCUUGCGCGGGCCGACUUGGGCGGGGGGGGGGGGGGGGGG